UAUGUUGUCAUUGAUUGUUGAACCAAAUUAAACUACAUUACACCAAAGUUGAGGAGAAUAAUCAGCAAUGGCGCCCGGUAUAGUGGUACAAAAAAGUGAAGAACUGCCUACCAAUAGUAAAUCAGAUAUGGCUGGAGCACUUUUGUUUGAACAGGCACAAGCACUUUCAAGCGUUAGUCGUGAGGAGGGCAUAUCUUUAUUAAGUCAAAUAGUGCGUGAACAAGAGGUAGCAGAAAAUGACGAGGAACUUAUUCGCAUUAAGGAGCAAGGCAUACUCCAGCUUGGCGAACUGUACAAGCAGGAGGGUAAAGCUAAGGAGUUAGCUGAUCUGAUCAAGGUUACACGACCAUUCUUGAGUUAUAUCAGUAAGGCAAAAGCAGCAAAAUUGGUUCGAUCCUUAGUUGAUAUGUUCCUUGAUAUGGAUGCUGGCACUGGUAUUGAGGUACAACUUUGUAAAGAUUGUAUUGAAUGGGCUAAACAAGAGAAGCGUACAUUUUUGCGUCAGUCCUUGGAAUCACGUCUUAUUGCUUUGUAUUACGAUACUGGGUUAUAUGCGGAAGCACUACAAAUGGGUUCGCAACUUCUGAAAGAGUUAAAAAAAUUAGAUGAUAAAAAUCUUUUAGUUGAAGUGCAGUUGCUAGAAAGUAAGACUUAUCACGCUUUAAGUAAUUUACCGAAAGCACGUGCUGCACUCACUUCCGCUCGUACAACCGCAAAUGCAAUCUACUGUCCACCCAAAGUACAAGGUGCACUAGACUUACAGUCUGGUAUUCUACAUGCAGCAGAUGAAAGGGACUUCAAAACAGCUUUCUCAUAUUUUUAUGAAGCUUUUGAAGGUUUCGAUACGGUGGACAAUAGUAAAGCAUUAACUUCACUCAAAUAUAUGUUACUAUGUAAAAUCAUGUUGGGCCAGUCUGACGAUGUUAAUCAAAUUGUUAGCGGUAAAUUGGCUAUUACAUAUGCUGGUCGUGAUAUAGAUGCAAUGAAAAGUAUCGCAGAGGCGUCACAUAAGCGUUCAUUAGCCGAUUUCCAACAAGCAUUAAAAGAUUAUAAAAAGGAAUUGGUCGAUGAUUCGAUUGUGCAAGCACAUUUAGGAACCUUAUAUGAGACAAUGCAGGAACAAAACUUAUGUCGCAUUAUUGAACCCUAUUCACGUGUUCAGGUCUCCCAUGUUGCUGAUUGCAUACAACUUCCUAUGGCCCAAGUCGAAAAGAAAUUGUCUCAAAUGAUUUUAGAUAAAAAAUUUAGCGGUAUUCUGGAUCAAGGGGAAGGCGUUUUAAUAGUGUUUGAAGAAACUCCUGUUGAUAAAACAUACGAGCGGGUCUUAGAAACCAUACAUAGUAUGGGCAAAGUGGUAGAUACGCUCUAUCAGAAGGCCAAAAAGUUAUCAUAGAUUUAUACUCAACUUUAAAUCAAUUUUAUAACAAAUAAUUUACAAAAAACAAACAAAAAAUAUUAAUAAAAUAAGAAAACCAAAAUAAUAAAAACAAAAAUGAAAUAAAAUACAAAAAUAAAAAACUUAAAGCAACACAAACCAUAAACGAAAGCAUAAUCUCACUUGUAAAAAUUCAUGCCAAAAUUUUGUAAUCAAUUAAAAAAAAAAUGAUAUCGUCUGUAAGGA